CUCCGGCGGCGCUUCUGCGCAUGCGCAACCCUGCUCCAGGAGUGCUGUUUCGGCCUGUUCCGCGGCCGCUCGGUCAUUUUCGCCUCUUUGUUUUACUGAUAGUGGAUUUAACUCGGAUUCAACCCAAUAUCCAGCGGACCGUGCUGCUCCCGAACAGGCUCCAAUGAGAGGCUCUCCAUGAUGAGCAGCUAACACUGUCGGUCGAACAACCGCAGGAAGUGACGUGGCUGCUGCACCAUCCACAGUCGACGCAUGGCGGUAUUAGGGAACCCCGACAUGCUGACGAGGAAGAUUAAACUCUGUCACAUCAAUGCCCACAUCACAUGUCGUCUGUGUGAGGGCUACCUGAUCGACGCCACAACUGUCACAGAGUGCUUACACACCUUCUGUAGAAGCUGCCUAGUGAAGUAUCUGGAGGACAACAACACAUGCCCCACAUGUAGGAUUGUUAUUCAUCAGAGCCAUCCACUGCAGUAUAUCGGCCAUGACAGAACAAUGCAAGACAUUGUCUACAAGUUGGUACCGGGACUUCAAGAGGCGGAGAUAAAGAAGCAGAGGGAGUUCUAUCAGAAGUUGGGGAUGGAGGUGCCGGGAGACAUUAAAGGAGAACUUUGCAACAUGAAGACUCAUCUAGAUCAGCGCAAUGGUGACACAAAGUCGGAGGAGACAGCCAAUAAAGAAGCAGGAGAGGAGAAGCCAGAAGAGGACAACGACUAUCACCGUAGCGACGAGCAGGUCAGCAUCUGCUUAGAGUGCAACAGCAGCAAGCUUCGAGGUCUGAAGCGCAAGUGGAUCCGCUGUUCAGCACAAGCAACGGUCCUCCACCUCAAGAAGUUCAUCGCCAAAAAGCUUAACCUGACAUCAUUUAAUGAGCUGGACAUUUUAUGCAACGAGGAAAUCUUGGGGAAGGACCACACUUUGAAAUUUGUUGUUGUGACAAGAUGGAGAUUUAAGAAAUCCCCCCUCCUGCUCCAUUACAGACCCAAGAUGGAUCUGCUGUAGCUACAAUGGACAUAAGGUUGUUUUUCUUUUUUUUUUACUUUUUUUUUUGGCCCAGUGGCCGCGGACUGUGCCGAAACCUUUUUAUUUAUGCAAAGACGAUCAACCAACACCAAGCAAACACCCGACGGUAAAAGUCAACACAAGCCAGCAAAUCGGGAUCUAAAGGGUGGGGAACAAAUACAACAAAAACUGGCAACCUCCAGCACAGAUACUGCAACACUGGUGUGUUUUUAGGAACUAAAACAACCAUUUUUUUUUUGUCCGUGACAUCCUAGAUAUGUGAACAAAAGAGAAAGAAAAAAGAAAAAAAAAAUGGAGAGAAAGCAUAUAUUUAUACUUUUGUACAGAAGAGACACAUGGAACCAAGACACUACUGGUGCUCUGUUUACACGCAAACAAGAUGUCGGGAAUCAAAGUGACCGCCUUUUUGAGCUUCAUGCAGAUUUCAUCCUCCGGAGACAAAGACUGAGAGGACAGGAGGGCGUUUUUUUUUUAUAUAUAUAAAAAGGUGUGUUUUUUUCUCUCAUCACAACACACUCGACACGUCUUGGGAGCACAGAAAGUAUAUGGAGAAAGUUAUAUAACAGGCAUCAACUUUAAACUGUUAACAAGUAAAUUGUCUCUGAAUCUUUUUUUUUUAUUUUAAUUUUGUUGGCUUUGUCUAAUUUGCUAUUGGGUUCUUGAUGAUUGUCAAUUGUGAAUAGGCUAAAAAUGUUUUGUGUAGUAAUUUAUGUUCUAUAUUACCAAUAUUGUACAUAAAAUGUCAUUACAGAGAGAGAGAUUGAAGAGGUUAAGAGAGACUUUAGACUGUUAAAAAAAGAGGAAGUGGAUCCCAGAAGUGCUAUCUAUAUUUUGGGCGUUAAGUGUCCGGAGGUGAUAAAUUAGGAUUUUUAAAAACAGACACAUUAUCAGUAUCAAAAUAUAUAAAUGCAUUUAUGUUGUCUGACAAAGACACAAAACAAAUAUAUCAAAUCCUCUGCCAUUUCUGUGUAUGUGGGGUGUUAGGUAUGUUACAUUGCUCUCAUAGCAUUACAUGAAUUUAGGGCAGAAAGAAAGAAAGCCUCAAACCUCCAAACCCAUCCCCACGCACCUCAUCUCACCUGUCUUCUAUGAAACACAGCUAUAGUAAUCUUUUUUUGAAUUUGGGGACAUUAUUAUCCACCAAUACUGUCUUAACAAUAAUACCACACAAAAACAAUCAUUUGCAAAAUGCCUGCAAGACAUAAAAAUGCAAUAUUUGGGUAGACAACUUGCUCAGUUUUAUUGAUUUUGAUCUCUUAUAUUUUCACACCAUGCAGUCCUUAAUAUCCAUCCUUGAGAAAACUGAUUCGCCCACAUGUUGUUGACAGCUUUUGUCUUGAGCUGCUAGCAGCAGAUGUUGGCACCUCGAAUUUGCUUCUGCUGCGUUUGCUGAAACUUUUACUGCAAAAUUUUCUCUCAAAGCUGCAAGAGGAAUCAUUUUUGUAACUGUAAAAUACACACCAGUCUCACUUGUCUUAAAGACAAAGUUCACCCAAAAAGGACAGUUCAGUCUUUAUCCUCACCCUCAUGCUGAUGGAAAGUCAGGGGAAGUUUUGUAGUCCACAAAACAAUUCUGGAGCUUCACAGCAAAACAGCAUUGCAUCGUUCUCCUAAACGACUGAAGUAGACAGAGACUUGGUUCAAAACAUUAAAUGGCUUUUCGGUCGAUUUUCUACAUCCCGAUCUAAUCACUGGUUUAGGAUUGUGCUGAAAUGCUGUUCUGCUUUGAAGCUCCAGAAGUGUUGCUUUUCUCUUAUGGUGAGCAGAAAUUGACAGAUAAUUCAUUUUUGGGUGACUCCUUUUAAGAAUAAACAUUGUCUCAUCCACUAGGAGGUAAAUUGAACUUUGUAAUUUAAGAAAAAGUCUGGUAAACUGCAAGCUUUCUCUACAGAGCACGAAUAAGCACCAGGGAUGGGCUGGUUUGGAAAAACUGGAGUGCAGAUUACUGAGGUCACAUAGUUGUGUUUAUGGGGUAUUUUUCAGUUUCUUCUCACUGCCAGUUGCAAAUGUGCAAAGUUGCACAAAGUGUUUAAGAAAACCAAUUGAAGAACAUUUCUGAAAGUCAAGUUGAUUUUGUUUUUGGUGCAAAAUAUGUAUAAAACUUGGAAUUUUUUGGAGGACAGCUGUGUUUAAUAUUGUAGACUUGACAAGACACAAAUUUACGAGUCUUUGAGAAAUAACUCGCAGAUUCAGGUUUCCCACACGGACGGAGGUUUUUAGAACAUUUUGAUAAUGAAAUUCUGGAUAAAAUGACUACUGUUAGGGUCAUUUGGUGCUUAAACAUAUGUGUCUCUGAUGCUGUUCUUACUGUAACUGUGUGACUCAGCAAAUCAAUGUUCUGUUUAACAGCAAAAUGUCUUAACUUGCAACAUUCAAAGCCAACUGCUUAACUGUCUUUAACGUUACCACAACUGGAUCCCUGAGCGCCGUGUCAGACCUCAAGUAGUAUUACCUCACUGACCUGUCUCGUCAGUAAUUAAACGACAGAUAUUUACCCUGUGCAUUGUUUCUUCCCACAACAAGCUGUUAUGUCUGUAUGUUCACAUGCAGGGUUCCUAUCCAUUGUUAUAUUCAUAUUUGAAAACUGUUGUGGAUUGGAUUACAAGUCUGAAAGAUAUGAGGAGGGAAAAAAAAACUUUGGUAGCUGUUGGAAAAACUCGUUAUUUUCAGUAUUUUUUGCAUGUGCAUUUCUGCAAAUGAUAUUUGAGUCAGCAAGCACAUCCACUAUUGUAUAUCUAACAUUAUCUCUAAAGUUUUAAAGAAGGAGAAUUUGGGAUUUGGAGAUAGAAAAAUGUAUAGGAACCCUGCCAGAUAAGGACUUAUGACGUGUGUAUUAAAUGGACAUUUUUCUAGCUAACAGGUGUGUACCUAACCAGCUCAACCAAACUCCUCCUGUUUCAAGUCCCUCAAUCCAGUAACACGUGUAGAGUGUUCAUUGUUUUUGGUUUUUAGUUUUUGUACCAAUUUUGGUACCUAACAUCAUGGAAAGUAAGUUUUUGAAAUGUAAGUAAACACGGGUGGCUUCAGGUGAAAAACUGAAACAUUCUGCAAUUUUCACUAUUUAUUUUGGGUUACUUCAAGUGUUCUCUCCACAUAUUCUCUUCCCCUUUUUUCUAAAAAAAAAAAAAAAAGAAACCAUUAUGAACAGUGGCACAUUUGUAACAACUUUUUGAUAAGUAGAAAAAGACAAAAUGUUAUCAGAAAUUGGUGUUUUUCCUCAUGAGGAUUUUAAAAAAGAAAUAUAACCUGAUCUACUCCUGAUUAAAAACCAAAAACAAUGAGCCCCACCAGCUUUUCAGCUAUUGUGCUAGAAAUUCCCCACAGGAAUAAUGUAAUAAUGUGCGCUAUUAUGUCUUUGUUAGUGCAGACUUGGUGUUUUCAAGGGUUCUUUCAUAGAAAUAAUGUCAAGUAAUUUUCCUCCACUUGUUAGAGACACUCUGAGGUUGACAUCACGCUGAUCUUGUGUGCAAUUUCAGGUUUGGGAAAAUGCUGUUUAACAAUGUUAUUUGUUAUUUAUUCAGCUACCUUCAGUCCAGUCAGAGUCCUCGUCGUGUUUAAAGUGUUGUCACCUCACAGCUCUGUUUAAAAUUCCGUCUGAUUAUGUGCAGAAGCUUUUUCCUCAGGUGAUAAAGCUGUAACCCCCUCCCCCCCCAAACAAGGUGCUAAUAUAAUGAUGACUACAAGCAGAGACAUGUUACCAACACGCAUCUCUGCACACACUGCUUUGUACUGUGUUGAAGGACUGGCAAUGAAACAAAUGUUACAUCUG